UUUGUCUGGUUGGCGGCGCGAAGUUUUGCCUGUGACGCGCCAGUUGUUGUUUGGCAACACUUGAGCAAAGCAUUCAUUUCCGGCAGAUUUAUUUGUUUCCUGCGAACUUUGUAAGCGCAUCGUAAACCCUUCAGCCAUCCAUUCGUUCUCCACAAAUUCGCAUCUCGCAUCGUCACACACAGUUUGAAAUGAGUGUUUCCGCUGCAUUUAAUGUGCAAUAAUCCUUUAGUGUGGAAGUGUCAUAGAUUCAAGUGUUGCAGCAGCUGCGUUCUAGUGUGCCACAACGCGUAGACUGUAGACGCUGUGUGCAUUUGUGUAUGAGCGCAGGUGCCAAAAUGACAACCAGUGAUGAAUUUUGCCGCGAUCAUUACGAGCAUCCAUUAUUGUGGUGCGACGACAAGAAACGUUUGGUGGAGCGUAAAAACGCGGAGGAGAGUAUGCGUAUGUGGCGGCGUCGCAAGGCUGAGGAAGUGGCGCGCAAGGAGAAGGACAAAGCUGAGUACUACGAACUCUCCGUUAAACAUUACCCCUGGGGUCGUCCUGGUGGUGGCGCACCAAAUUUGGAUAUCAGACGCAAGGAUAUCACAGCCGUUGGCCUACAUUCCACGCCCACAAUUAGUACCAUGCAUCGCCUGAACUGUUGGCAACCCUGUCGCUACAAUGACUACUUCUCGCAACGUAAAAAAUGCCAUGACCCCGCCACCUGUUAUCAUCAUCAUCUACAUCAUCACAUCCCACCAUUACCGCCUGCACCGCCACCAGCACCGCACGUCACCACGCACACACACACUGUACAAACCACCACCGAUGCUUGUCAUCCGGGCGCCGGCGGCGUUCUGACCGUUUGCGAGCGUAGCGUUGGAGAUGUUGGUGUUGGCGCAAAAGCUGUUGGUGCCACCAAGAGCAAUGUGACCGGCAGUAGCAGCGUUGGUGGCAUUGGUGUUGGUUUGGGCGCCACAAAAAACGGUGAGACCUUGCAUAUAACGCUCAAAGAUCAUCCAUCUAUGUCAUUUCGCAAUAAAGGACAUCUCGACAUUGAGGUACGCUAUAAACCGGGUGCUGCCGGGGGUGGUAAGGGUAAGCCGUUGCUAGAAAAGAUUGUAGUAUCGGAUAGCGAUAAGUGCCCGUUGGUGGAAGGUGUACAGUCGCAAUCGUUGUUAAAGGGUUCGCCACGCAAGAAGAAGCUCGUCGCCAAGCUGGAAAAGCCGCUGAGUAAAGAUCCCUGGGGUAAGGCAGGGCCUGGCGGCAAACCGUGGCGCAGUCCGAAAGCGGCGGGUAGCACCUUUAUGAAAUCGCUGGGUUGGACCAACAAGGAGAUGCUGAAAGAUCUCGAUCAGGAUAAUCCCGUUACGCCGGCCGAGAAGCCAACAUUCCGCAAAGUACGCACCAACAAAAAGGUACAACGUUGCUGUGAGCUCUGCAUUUGCACCUGCCCUGGCAUGGUUACCAAUAAGGGGUGUGGUGGUGGCGUUGCUGCCAUGCGGACAUUGAAAAAGCCACAUCAAAGCUCACCUAAUAAAGGCCAAAGCCAUACUACUACAACAAAUCCACAAACAACAACAACAACUGCCGCUAUAAAACAAAAACACUGCCCACGCUUUGUACGCCAUUGUGAAGCGACUCUGGGCACUAGCAACACGAACAAUACCGAACAGACCAGUGCCAAUACGGGUGGUGAGGGCGUGGAAUUGGUGCCAUUGUUGGCACGUCGACGCGCCAAUGCACGUCCUGUUAGCCUUUCCAGCACGGAUGUGACCAAGCGCACCGCCUUCAAAGAUAGACUUGCCACCGCACAAGACAUUCGCUAUCUGCACGACUUGAACACACAAAUGUCCGUGAAGCGACAGACGACAUGCGCGGAGCAGCAAACGAGCGCGAACUUUGCAGCAAACACUUCGAAACGUUCGACACCUUUUGGGUCGGCCGGGACACGGAGCGCCGGGGAGGUGACGGCAAAGCAGAAAUUGGACAAUUUGCUUUAUGGCGCCAGCAGCGAAUGCUGGAAUUGAGUAGCGGCGCCUCACCGUUGCCGGAAAGAAGCAAAUCCAGUGCAUUGACGCUUCGCGUGACGCGCUGGAGUGAGGAAGGAUAACCAUUAGAAGAAGGAGAGGAGAAAGAACACUGAAACACUUUAAAUUGACUUUUGUUCGAAAGAUUUGUUACUUAAGCAAAAAGUUGUGCAAUUCAAUUACUUUUUAUCUUGCAUAAGCAGAUACAUAUGUACAUAUACAUAUAUGUGUAUGUGUGUGCGUGUGCAUUAUUUGUUUUUAAUCGAAACGAAAGCGAAAUGUCAUGGCGCGAGAAAUUUUGUCGAUUUGCCAGGUUGCAAGUUACACAAAGUUGAAACGAAAAUGUGGAGAUGAUCAGGAAAAUGGAAUUAAUUUUAUAAAUUAAGUUGCCUUAAAUGUUAUUUAAAUUUUUGUUUUCACGUAAGAUAUGUUUCUGUAUCACUUAAUUCAUUUUUUCUACUAAGCUGUAAUUUGUAGUUGUUGUAAAUUUCAAAGCUGGCUUUCGCUGUAUUAUGUAAGUCAAACGGUUGGAAUUUCUAGAAAAUUAGCUAAGAAAUUAUUUCAAUUAUAUUAAAUUGUAUAAUUUAUAGUUAUUGACGCAUGGGCAUAGAUUAAAGUAAAAUACAUUUCAGACAAAAAAUUUCAUGUAAAUUGUAAAUAUACUAAUUUGUCAAUAAAUAUCAAAUGUUAAACUAA